AGCCAUUAUUAAGCGAUGCUGGAGAUUGGGGUAGACCACUUAUCGUGGAUAGUUCUGCCAUAUUACAGGAUCAGCGGCCAGUAUUUCCUGUCACGGAAGUAUAUAACACUAGUGCUCUCGUCGAACAUCCACCGCAAGGUUGGGGCAAACGUAGUGUAACGAAACAUCAUCAACAUCAUGUGACCGUACCUCAGCAAAGUCAACACAGGCAUGAACAUAAAAAGGAAACUCAACAGUUGAGUCCAGUGAAAAAGAGAGUGAAGGAGAGUACACCACCAAGUAGUAUGAGACGACAUUCACCUUCGAGUGGACAUUGGCAACAACAACCAAUUCAAUCUCAUCAUCACAGCAGCAAGCACAGUAGUAGUCACAAUGUAGAACAUCAACAAGUUGCAUCCGUCCGGCAACAAACUAUCACGAUAUAUGAUACACCAUCUCCGGCUGUUUCUGUUAUUACUAUUAGCGACAGCGAAGAUGAGUCACCUGGGAAAUGCUGUGGCGAUCGUCAAUGCGGAGCCUGUCAAAGUUUGGCAACUCGCCUGUCUGGCGACGGACGUCCUGUCCGUGAGGAGGUCAUUCGAAGUACACAAUCUACACCGAGAGUUGUACCAACGAUGCAGCAAGCUCACUCAAGUACGCAAGCUCACACAAGUUCUCAUACGACAUCACAAAGCUCGUCACAAAGAGCUCAAAGGAAGAAUGUUAUUAGCUGUGUUACGGUUGGUGAUAGCGAUGGCGAAGUUAGUCCAGGCAGAGCUCAUGCACAUUUGUAUCAACAAGUACCACAACAUCCGCAACAUCAACAAACCACCACUCAACAUAUUAAACAUGAGCCUCAGCAACAACAUCAUGUUAGCAGCAGUAGUUCUGGCUAUUCCUCUCAGUCACAAAAGAAGAGAUUAUUGGCUAAGGUACAAUCCGAGUGCAAUAUGGUGAACGUUACAACUAAAUCUGAACCUGGCGUUGAGUAUGUCGCUCCACAUCCAUGUCACGCGCCAGCAUGCAAAGAGCCACCAACCUAUCAGGAUGACGCCUAUGACAUGCAUGACUACUUCUUGCAGUAUGUGACAACAAGUAGCGCUCAUCCUCAUCUCCAAGAACAACACAUCGUUUACACAACUGGUACCGACAAGCGAGUCUCUUGGCCUGGAAAACGAGCAGAGUAUAAACACGAAUACGUACAACCACCAGCAGCUCAUUCGAGAGAUCAUCAAAAGUGGGCAGUAGCAAAUCCUGUUCAUCAAUAUAGGCAGAGCCAGGUGGUAGGCUCGGCAGCCCAUCCGGGUCAUACCCACAGCCACCAUGGGCAUCCAGUCCAUCUGAGUCCUGGGGGUGGUGGUGGAGGCAGAAGCCCCACAGGCGGACCUGUGAUAGGGGGUGCCCAGCAUCUGGGACAACCUCUCUACCAGGAGUACGCUCAUGUGCGUUCAAGAGCACAUGCUGUGCCACCCCCUGUAUAUGUUACUGCUGCGCCUUCUCAGGCUCCUACUGCUAUCCAGCAGCAACAAGUGCCCACCUUUCAGGGAUUCACACCCGGGUGGGUACCUAGACACCUAGUUGAUGCAUGCAUCUCGUCUCCAUUAACGUUGUAUGAUUCUAGUCGUGCGUUGCCACCACCAGCUCAUCACAGCUCAGCCAGACCAUUACUGGCAAGCCAUGCAGCGCAUCCUCUACCAGCACAUAUGCAACCUACUGCUGUUUAUGGAUUGGCACCACUUUCACCAGCUAAACACCAGUAUCAACCGUCUGGUUUGUGGUUUACGGAGUAAAUUAUAUAUUCCUAUAACGAAGAGUUUUAAAGUGCAUUCUCUAACUGUUAGUUUAAAUUCUUCUUACCACCAUCACCACCACCACCACCACCACCACCACAACCACCCCCUCUUUUAUUUCUUUUUCUGUUUCCUGGGAAACUUACGAUCUCCUCUCUUUUCCUCUCGUUUAUCGAUGUACAACACAAUGAGAAAUUCUUAUGAAAUGAAAAAGGACGUAUUGCUUAUAUCUUAUAUAUAUGUAUAUAUAUAUAUAUAUAUAUAUAUAUAUAUAUAUAUAUAUAUAUAUAUAUAUAUAUAUAUAUAUACACAUAUAUAUAUUAUAUUGAUGUAAGAUAUUUAUCAAAAGACUCAAAUUUCGUCUGCCUAUAUUUCUCUCUCUUUCUCUUUCUUUCUCUCUCUCUCUCUCUCUCUCUCUCUCUCUCUCUUUCUCUCUCUCACUUUCUCUGAAAAGAAUUCUACUUUAAUGACUGUUAUUUGUAUUAAUGGAAGAGAACAAUCAAGUUAUAUUAAUGUAUCUUUGAAAGGAGACUUUGAGAAAAAAAAAAUUGCUAAGUUAGCUUCUUAGAAGAGACGAUUUUUUGAAAUAUUGAAAAUUAUCAAUCCGUCCUUAAUCAGCAGUAUCGUCUCUGUUCCUUAAUUGUACAGGUGGCAAAAAAAAGAAACAAACAAACAAACAAACAAACACAAAUAAGAACAAUUGAGUUUGUGACAGUGACGAUGCAGCAUAUAACAAUAGUUUCAUAGAAAAUAGAUCUCUUGCUACUUUUUAUUUAUUAUUCUUUGUUAAUUUUUAACCAUAGAAGAAAAAAAAAAGAAAAGAAAAGUAAUGUCCUUUUUCAAUUCUUACGACUUGUAGGAAAAAAUUGUAAAAAGAAAAAAAAAAGAAAAAAAA